AUUUGUGUGUAUCACUAGAUUCGGUUUGACAGAAGAUUUUUCACACGUUUCGAGUCGAGGAAAAGAAAUUGUAAUUUUAACUUCACCGAUUUCCGAGUGUCCCAGUUGUAAUUUAAAUAAGAUUAGUGACCCAGUGACCGAGCACAAGUGAAAAUGCCCGAGCAAGGCAAGAAAAUCUCCGAGCUGCGCGUAUGCGACCUGAAAGAAGCGCUGGAACAGCGCAAGCUGGAGACCGUAGGCCCGAAGGUGGUGCUAAUCGAACGUCUGGAAAAGGCUCUUAAGGAGGAGGGACUAGACCCCGCCACCCAAUUGAUUGUGCCGGGUGCCAAGCCCAAGAAACCCAUACCUAUGCCCAUUAAGGAGGCCCAAAACGAGGUGAUCAUUAAAGAGGAGCCCAUUGAUUUAGAUGACGAGCCACAGGGCCAGGAUUCCGAGAACGGCAAUGACUUCUCCCAUCAUGAGGACGAUGAUGGGCAUGAGAUUGAUCAGGUGGGGGAUGUAGACGAUGAAUGCGUGAUCCUCGAUGACGAUGACGAGGAGGAUGAUCAGUACGACGAUGACCAACAGAAUGGUGACGACGAUGGGGAGGCCGAGGGCGAUCAUCUGGAUGGGGCCGAGAACAAUGGCAAUGAAGCCGAGGCCGGCAAUCAAAUCCAGGGCGAGGAGGAGAACACCGGCGACACCGUCAACAUGGACAACGACGAGUCCAUUAAUCUCACAAUUGGAGAGGAUGAGCAGAAGCUGCUGCACGAUGAGGCUCCCGAUGACAAGUCUAUUAAGUCGGUAAAACCGGCCAACAAAUCCGAUAAAUCCAACUCGGGUGCCGACAAGAAGAGUGACGAGAGCGCACGCUCCAAGAAGAAGGAUGACAAAUUAUCUGACAAAAAAGACGCCAGCGAUCAAAAGUCGUCUGGAAAAUCAGUUAACCAAAAGGAUGAUAAAGAGAAAUCAUCGACAGCAGCAGCAUCUGGUGCCGCAUCCUCCGCAGCAUCAAGUGCCGCCGGCAACAAGUCCGGUUCGGGAUCGGGCGCUGGCAAUGGUGCCAACGGUGCCAACUCCUCGAACAGCAAGCAGGCGACGCUGUCUCGCAAUCUCUGGGUCUCUGGCCUUUCCACUCUGACCCGUGCCAGCGAUCUCAAGGCGAUCUUUUCCAAGUUUGGCAAGGUGAUCGGUGCCAAGGUGGUGACCAACACGCGUACGCCCGGCACUCGUUGCUACGGCUACGUGACCAUGUCCUCGUCCGGGGACGCAUCGAGGUGCAUCGAGAAUCUCCACCGCACCGAACUGCAUGGACGCAUCAUUUCGGUGGAACGCACCAAGAACGAGAUUGGCGGCAGCUCCAACUCCAAGGAGGGUAAGGGCAAGGGCGACGCUUCCAACAGCAACAAGAAGAAGGAGGAUGACGGCGGCAAGAAGUCUGGAAAUGGGAAGAGCUCCAGCAGCAACGGUGGCGACGACAAGAAGGGCGGCGGCGAUGGAACCGGCGACAGCAAGUCCAACAUCGGCGAGUCCAAGCGCGAAGGCAAGGAGGGCGGCAAUAGGGAGCGCAAUCAGCGCCGCAACGAUGACAGGGGCAAGUCGGCCGCCAGCCAGGAUAGGCGUCACGAUCGUGAGCGGUCCGGUACUGGAGGCCACAAGGGGCAAGGCAGCCAGGAUCAUCGUUCCGGCCGCAAUCCUCGUGAUGUCGAUCGCGAGAUCUCGCAGCGUCAACGGGAACGCGAGCGUCGCCAACGUGAAAUGCUGUCCUACCAGAAGAUACGCGAGGAGCGCGAGCGUCAGCGCCUCCGUGAGCGGGAGCGUGAGCUGCGCGAGGAGGAGCGCCGUCGACGGGAGGCCCGCGAGCGUCAGCGCAUCGAGGAGGAGCGCCUGGCCGAGGAGCGGCGCAAACUGGCUGUCGAGCGGGAGCGCCUUGAGCGCGAGAAGGCCGAGCUGCUGCGCAUGGAGCGGGAGCGCCAGAAGCUGGAGCGCGAGAAAAUCGAGCUGGAACGCCUUGAGCUGAAGCGACAACAGAUGAAGAUUAUGGAGUCUCGCGAUGAUCCUGUCAAGCGCGUAGUAAGCAAGCGCACCGAUGACCGCUACGGAGAAGUUUCCGAUCGCAAGCGCACUGCUAUCUUUGAUGCCCCACCACCACCGCGAUUUGAUACGAAUCUAGUCAGCUCUCGCAGCACCUAUGACAAGAAACAUGAUGACUAUGGCUCCUCGUCGAGCACUAAACGCGUUCUGGAUGACUAUUCCAGCUCCAACAAACGCAUGGACUACAACAAGCGCAAUGACUAUGUCCCCUCGACCGGAUCCAAACGUAACGCUGUCGACGACUACUCUUCGUCCUUGCCUAGCAAGCGCUCGAGUGGCAACGACUAUAAUGUUUCCAGCUCCAAGCAUGAUUACUCUUCGUCUAGCAAGCGCGACGAUUACAAGCGUGACGUGGAGGUGCGUCACUUGCCGCUAGGCGGCGCCGUUGGAGGCUCCAGCAGCUCGUAUUUGCACAAAAACAACACUGGCACUGGCUCCUAUGUCAACAAGAACAACUCGAGCAGCGGUGGACGCUAUAACGAUUCGGAUCGCAACAACACCUCGAACUACAGACGCGACGAUUCGCAGAGCCUAGGCAACAAACGCUAUGACAACUCCAACUCCGGAGGCUAUGGCAGCAGCUCGAACAACGUCAACAUCUGGGCCCCCUCAUCCGGUGGCGGAAGCUCCCACCUGGGCGGCAGCGGUGGUGGCGGUAAUCAAAUGAAGUCCUACAGCAACAAUGGCAUGUCCUCGAAUAUGCAUAGCAACAAUUCGUGGCCAAAGUCUACACCCGUGGAGGAUAACACCUGGCGUCAGGGACCAGUUCAGGGUCGCUUCGAUCGCGGCUACAACGAUCGUUCCACCGGCUAUCAGGGCAACAGCAGCGGCGGAGGCGGAGGAGGUGCGGGCGGUGGCAUGUAUGGUGCCAGCCGUCCCGCUCAGGAUCGCUAUAGCGGACAAGUGUCGCGCUAUUAGGCGAACGGGCAACGUGCAUUUUACAAGAGGCAACCAACCAACGAACCAACCAAUCAAGCAUCCCAGCAUACCCAUAUAAUGACCCUUCCCACAGCGCCAAUGGAGCGUUGCUUCUAUUUUAGUUCGCUUUAGUUGUAGUCUAAGCUUCUACACUUACAUUUGGAUAAAUAAAUGUAUUAUCAAUAAAAAAGCAUGACAAAUAUGCAAAUAAUCACAA